AUGAUAAGAUACGACCAUUACCACGUCAGCAAUGAGAUACCGAAAAGAGGCAACAAUUAUGCGUUUGUGGAAGAAGGUUUUGCUCUGUGGAAUAAGCCUGAGUCACUAAGGGAUCAUGUGGGUGAUACACCCAACACAUUUCAUAAGAUUGCUGCUAGGAAAUGUGAUGAUUUGUUGAAUCAAGCUCAGUCUAUUGUACAUACUCCGCAUAAGCAAGAUGAUGUCGUAAAAAAGGAGUAUCGCGUCCGGUUGAAUGCUUCGAUUGAUGCUUCAAGGUACUUGUUGAGACAAGGGUUACCUUUUCGUGGUCAUAAUGAGUCAAAAGAGUCUGCUAAUAGAGAUAAUUUUUUAGAGCUCAUUAGAUACACUGGAGAACAAAAUGAUGGUGCACAUAAGUUUAUUUUGGAGAAUGCUCCAAAAAAUAACCAGAUGAUUUCUCCAGUGAUUCAAAAGGAUAUUGCAAACUCUUUUGCAGAAGAAGUUGUGAAAUCUAUCAUAGAAGAAAUUGAUCAUGAUGUGUUUGCUUUGUUGGUUGAUGAGUCUGCAGAUAUCUCUGACAAGGAACAAAUGGCUGUUGUUUUUCGAUUUGUUGAUAAGAGUGGAGCAAUUAAAGAAAGAUUUGUUGGAGUUCUUCAUGUGAAAGAAACAUCUUCUUUAUCUCUGAAGUCUGCAAUUGAUGGUUUAUUUGCAAAAUAUGGGUUAAGCUUGACAAAGCUUGCCAGACUUGCGGAAAUCUUUGGGUUAGGUAAUCCAGAACAGGAGAAAGAUCCUUGCCUCGUGAAUAUUAGGGCUAUCAAGCUCUGUUUAGAGGCCACGUCAAUAUAUGAGGAGGAUGAUGAGUUGAAAAACUAUAAGGAUGGUCACUUCCAUCCCGUUGUUUCUCUUUUGAGAGAAUUUACUAAUCGGGAGGAAAAAGUGGCGGCUACCAAUGCUGCAGAUUGA